AUGGACCAGGCUACUGUGCAGACCAAGAGGAUUUGCGACGAAAUAAAAAAUGGGCUAAAGGAGAUGAACCUCCCGAGAUACAAGUACGUGGUGCAAGUGGUGAUCGGAGAACAAAGGGGGGAAGGAGUGCGGAUGGGUAGUCGCUGCUUUUGGGACUCCGAAACAGACAACGUUGCAAGCGAGACCUACGUCAAUGACAGCGUUUUUUGCGUGGCGACGGCCUACGCAGUCUACCUCUGCUAACCACAGAGUGUCGUAAUAGCCGGAAGGAGGGGGGCGAGGUGGUCUUUCUUCUGUCCAGGAGGAAACCCAAGACGGCAAUGUCGUGUGCCCUCUCUAUCGUGAUUCGUGGUCCGUGGGCGACUGCCGGGAACGACCCUAACGAGCUAGAAAUUGGGCAACUUAGGAACUCCCGCUCGGAAUAUGCGUACGGUCAAGGCCUGUAGACAGCGGUUAUUAGUGUUCAUGCGUGAGACAACGGAGUGUUGGCAAUGUCCCGGGAGCGGGUCGAUUCAGUCUCGUACCAUAGAGUGGAAGAGGACAGGGUUGUUGCUGAGUGUGCGACAAGAAUAUUGUCUUCUUCUCAUAGUUGACGAGUUUGGUAGGGGCGAU